AUGCACAGUCUCACUGCCCUCGCAAGCCUUUUGCUCGCCUCCCUUGCGGUUGCCACCCCAGCCACGUCCCCCAAGAAUGUCACUGAGCUUUACCGGUUUUCAAAUGCUACCGAGACCGAGCUUGAGAAUAUUGCUGUCCGGUCCAACGGACAAUUGAUUGUCACCUGUGCCAACAUGGACGCCAUCUUCAUUUUUGAUCCAUCCGAGACGGACAUUGUGCCAAAGACGAUUGACACCUGGCCCUCGGGGUACUCGGCCCUCGGAAUCACCGAAGUGUACCCCGACGUCUUUGCCGUCAAUGUUGGCACCCUCAACAGCUCGAAUCUGACCACCGUCGGCCCUGCCGAGGGAACAUAUAGCAUCUGGACGCUCAAUUUCACCACGUCGGAUAUGCCCGUCGCGCAAAAGUUUAUCGAUCUCCCCCAGGCCGGGCUUCUCAAUGGUCUCACCACCGUCCCGGGCUCCGGGGUCAUCUUUACCGCCGAUCAAAUCAACGGCACCAUCUUCCGCAUCGACAUGGCCACUGCCGAGAUUAGCAUCACUAUUGACUCGCCACUGCUGGGCUCUCAGCCCUACUACAAUGACAACAAGCUGGCCCUCAAUGGCGUGCGCUACCACGGCCAACACCUCUACGUCACGGAUUCCUCCUCGGCCAUCUUUGGCCGGUACCGCCUCAACCGAGACGAGUGGUCCUGGGGCGGUCUCGAGCUCCUCGGCCAGAUUCAGCAAAACGGCACCACCAAUUAUGACGACCUGGCGGUCGAUGACGCGGGCAACGCCUAUGUGUGCAUCCACCCCAACGCCCUGUCGCUCGUGCAGCCGGACCUGACCCAGACCAUCUUCUACAUUGAUGAAACCGAGCAGUUCAAUACGCCAGCCUCCGUGGCCUUUGGUCGCGGGAUUCAGGCCAAUGAUACUCUCUACGUCGUGUGCUCGGGUUCUAUUGCAGAUGACGGCGCUGUUGUUGGAGGUGCUCUCUACCGGAUCGAUCUCUUGCCUCCAUCCAUCUCAAGUGAAGUGUGCGCCGCUUGA